AUGGCGCAGAAGGGUGUUCAGCUGGAUGUUGAAACUUUUUCCUGUUCAAUCUGUCUGAACCUACUGAACAAUCCAGUGGCUAUUCCGUGUGGCCACAGCUACUGCAUGAGCUGCAUUCAAAGCUUCUGGGGUAAAAAGGGUAAGAAGAAACGCCACAGCUGCCCUCAGUGCAGGCAGACCUUUGCACCCAGGCCUGAUCUGGUUAAAAACACAAUGUUAGCAGCUUUGGUGGAGCAGCUGAAGCAGACUGGACUUCAGGCUGAUCCUGCUGAUCCUGCUGGACCUGAAGAUGUGGCCUGUGACAUGUGCCCUGGGAGGAAGCGGAAGGCCAUCAAGUCCUGUCUCAACUGUUUGGCUUCUUACUGUGAAAAACACCUCCAGUCUCACUACAGCGCCGCUCUGCUGCAGAAACACAAGCUGGUGGAGCCCUCCAAGAAGCUCCUGGAGAACAUCUGUUCUUGUCACGAUGAGGUGAUGAAGGUUUUCUGUCGCACCGAUCAGCAGUGCAUCUGCAUCUUGUGCACCAUGGAAGAACACAAAGGCCAUGAAACGGCUCCGGCUGCAGCUGAGAGGGCGGAGAGGCAGAAGGAGCUUGAGGAAAAUCGACAGCAAAUCCAGAAGAAAAUCCAGGACCAGGAGAAGGAGCUGAAGAGGCUCCAACAGGAGGUGAGGGACUCCUGUGUCUCUGCUGAUGAAGCAGUGAAGAGUACGGAGAAGAUCUUCACUGAACUGAUUAAUCUCCUCCAGAAAAGACGCUCUGAUGCGAAGCAGCGGAUCAGAUCGCAGCAGGAAGCUCUGGUGCUUUGGGUUAAGGAGGUUCAGGAGAAGCUGGAGCAGGAGCUCAAUGACCUCAAGAGGAGAGACGCUGAGCUGGAGCAGCUUUCACACAUAGAAGAUCACAACCAGUUCCUGCAAAGCUAUGCCUCGCUGCCAGCGCCCAGUGACCUCUCAGACUCAUCUGGCAUCAACGCCGAUCCUCUGAGACACUUUGAGGACGUGAAAGCAGCUGCGUCCAAGCUCCGAGACAAACUGCAGGACAUCCUGAGAGACGGUGGGACAAACACCCUCCAGACGGUGUCCAGUUCCCAACCGGAGCCAAAGAGCAGAGCUGAAUUCCUGAAAUACACCUGUGAAAUCACUCUGGAUCCAAACACAGCUUUCAGAACGCUGGAACUGAGCAAAAACAACAAAGCAGCAAUAGUGUGGUACGAGGACGAGUCAUACACUCCUAAUCCGGAGAGAUUCAGUUCAUGCAGACAAGUGCUGAGCAGGCAGAGCCUGACCGGACGAUGCUACUUUGAGUUUAAAUGGGCUGGAAUAGGAAUUUUUGUAGCAGUUGCAUACAAGAGCAUCCAGAGAGGAGGGAGAGCAAAUGAAUCGUUGUUUGGGUUUAAUGAUCAGUCGUGGGCGCUACGCUGUGACAUUGAGCGUUUGAGUUUGAAAGGAGCUGGUUACACUUUCUGCCACAACAAAGCAGAGACUCCAGUGUCAGGUCCUCAGUCAUGCAAACUAGGAGUGUACCUGGAUCACAGUGCAGGUGUUCUGGCUUUCUAUGAUGUCUCUGAAACCAUGACUCUGCUCCACAGAGUCCAGACCACCUUCACUCAGCCGCUGUACGCUGGACUUGGCUUUUUUUUCUGUGAUGGAGGCAAUGCAGAGUUCUGCAACCUCAAGAAACAGAAUAAAUCUGAUUGUACAUUAUAA